AUGGCCAGGAAUCGUCUUAACAAAGAAUGGCAAGAAGUGAAGAGGAAUCCUGAUCCAGAUAUUCAGUUGGAGCUGGCUGGCGACAGCUUCGAGCAGUGGCACGCGACAAUAAAGGGUCCGCAGGACUCACCCUAUGAGGGUGGGCACUUCAAGCUCGACAUUGCCUGCACAGCCAACUACCCUUACGCUGCACCUCAGGUGAGCUUUGCAACUAAGAUCUUCCACCCGAAUGUCAACUACAAUACUGGUGAGCUCUGUCUAGACAUCUUGAAAACCGAUUGGAGUCCGGCGUGGACGUUGCAGUAUGUUUGUCGGGCUGUGAUAGCGCUUUUGCGGGACCCGAACCCGGACAGUCCGCUGAACUGCGAUGCCGGAAACCUCUUGAGAAGCGGUGAUCUAAGAGGAUUUCAGUCGAUGGCUCGAAUGUACACAGUUGAGCAUGCCAUGACUUGA